AUGACUGCUCGUAAGAGAACUUCUUCAGUGACUAAUCCGGAAAAACCACCGGCAUCGGCGCGGACGGAGCAUAGGAAAACCGCUGUUCCCGGAGAAGAUUUCCGUCUCGCACCGCCGAAAUUGGGCGUGAUUCUCGUGAUCUCUUCGCUCCUGUGUUCGCUCUACCUCUACCUUCUCUGUUUCCAUUACAAUGUUGAUGAUGAGUUCAAGCGUCCGAUCCUCAUUAACGCUGGGCUUAGCUUGGUUGGGUUCUUCGUUACGCUCAAAUUGAUUCCUGUGGCUGCUAGAUAUGUUCUGAGGCGUAACAUGUUUGGAUUCGAUAUCAACAAAAGAGGCACUCCUCAAGGAGAUGUUAAAGUGCCCGAGUCAUUGGGAAUUGCUGUUGGUAUAGUCUUCUUGAUUGUUGCUAUACUAUUUCAGUUUUUCAAUUUCACGGAAGAUUCAUUGUGGCUUGUGGAGUACAAUGCAGCAUUGGCAUCUAUUUGCUUCAUGAUUUUGCUUGGAUUUGUAGAUGACGUCCUUGAUGUGCCCUGGAGAGUGAAACUUCUCCUGCCAUCUUUUGCAACCCUUCCACUGCUGAUGGCUUAUGCCGGACAUACAACUAUCGUUAUACCAAAACCUCUAGUUUCGUAUGUUGGCUUGGAAAUUCUUGAUCUAGGACGGAUAUAUAAGUUAUAUAUGGCGCUACUGGCUGUCUUCUGCACAAACUCUAUAAACAUUCACGCUGGUCUAAAUGGCCUUGAAAUCGGUCAAACAGUUGUUAUUGCAGCUGCUAUCCUGAUACACAACGUUAUGCAAAUCGGAGCAUCUGUUGACAUCGAGUUUCGUCAAGCUCAUGCCUUCUCUAUUUAUCUUACUCAGCCAUUGAUGGCAACAUCCUUGGCAAUGCUUGCUUACAAUUGGUACCCAUCUGCAGUUUUUGUUGGAGACACUUACACAGUCUUUGCAGGAAUGACUAUGGCAGUAGCUGGCAUUCUGGGCCACUUCAGUGAGACCCUCCUGAUAUUUUUUCUUCCUCAAGUGUUGAACUUUCUAUUGUCGCUUCCGCAGCUUGCUGGGAUUGUGAAAUGUCCAAGGCAUCGCCUCCCAAAGUUUGAUCCUGCCACGGGAUUAUUAACGGGAACAAAAGAUGGGACGCUCGUGAACGUCUACUUGAGGAUUUUUGGUAGCAAAUCAGAGAAGUCUCUUUGUAUUCAUCUUCUUGUUUUCCAGGCACUAGCUUGCGCCUUGUGUUUCCUGCUUAGGCAUUUUCUUGCUGGUUGGUACAAAUGA